CACUGUGACACACACACACGCAUAUAUGUCUUCAAAUCCGUCUAUGUGCUUUAAAAACCUAAAUUUCAAGUUGCUGUAAGGAUACAAAGUUGAUUGAUCAAGGAUGUAAGAGGUUACGCAAUUUAUGAUAUAAAGCAAAACUCAAAAGUAUCUUCAGGUUGACUAAUGUAAAACAUCGACCUUAAUUUAGUCAAAUCGAAAGCUCCAUUUAAAAAACCCAUUAGAAAUUCCCGCGGUAUCCCAUGUUUCAAAAAACGUUUCUCUUCGAUUUUCUUCCUGGUUUUAGUAGGCUACUACGUGCACAGCUCUAUUGAAAAGUUAAUGUAAAUGUGAAAGAGACCAAACCCCAUCCGAAAGGCGUCAGACAGCCAGGAGACAAUGUUCAGAUUUACCCCACCCGCCGCCUCCACCCUUUUCUAAAUCAACGAUCUGUUUACAGUUAUGGGAAGUUCAGACGCACCAAUCCCUAACAUACUGUGCCGGAUUCUUGUUAACGUGCUUUAAAGUUACCGUCCAAAUGGUUUGAGUAACGUUUAAUUGACUGCCGGGGUCUGGAAGGGUACAUGCUGUAUCCCCCUCUUGCCCCCCAGUAGCGGUACAGGUGGAGCCUCUGACAGGCUCCUUCACAGUCACGUGAUCCGGUUCAGAAGCAGCAGCGGCUGCAGAAAUUGGUUAAAAUUUCAUUGCCAGGCUACGGUCUAGUGGAAAAAGGGUGUCAGUGUCGUUUGCGCCUUUUCAUUUCAUCCCAUCUAUAUAAACGCGAGGGCGACGGACCGCGCGUGCUAUCAUGUGUUAAAGCGAAGAGUGCAGGCAAGAUCGGAGGAAAACAUCGAAGCAUCUGCAACAGCAUCUGCGCGCAGGGAAGCAGGAUCUUACCAUCUGUGGGCUUGACUACAUUCAAUUGCACCACAGUUUGUAAAGGGACCAUUGCUGGCUGGAUUUAUUUCAAGACAUGGUUGAUUAUCUAAAUCCUUCGAGUGAGGCGUGAAAAUGAUCCUGAUUGGAUUUGGACGGUCGCUUUUUGGUGGAUUGUGUAACGUGGAGGUAUAAACUUUAACUGACUUUGGGUUCAAAACAGAGAUGUGUUUAGAUGAGCUCUGAAUGGCUGGAAUACUUUAAGGAACUCCCCGUGUGUGUGGUGGCUGAACAAGCUCUCGUGGAUGCCAGACCUGUACAGAUGAGAGGAGCUCGUGGCUGGGACUACAUCGCGCGGUGAUGCUUCUUCUUUACUCUCUGUCUGAUGUGAAUUUGGAUUUCUAUAAUCAACUCUGCGCGUUUCUAGAAUGGCUCGGUUUGAAGACGAUCUCCCGACCCGGUAUGGAGGCGGUGGCUCUCCAGCGGGUCCAUGCAGAGGGGUCAGCCGGCAACCGGGCCCCCCGGCCGGACAGAGGAUGUAUAAGCAAACAAUGGCCCAAAGAGCCCGGACAAUGGCCAUAUACAACCCGAUACCGGUCAAACAGAACUGUCUCUCAGUCAACAGAUCCCUUUUCAUCUUCAGCGAAGAUAAUAUCAUUCGAAAAUAUGCAAAGAAAAUAACAGAGUGGCCUCCAUUUGAGUACAUGAUUCUCGCCACCAUUAUAGCAAACUGCAUUGUACUGGGCUUAGAGCAGCAUUUACCAGCUUUAGACAAGACACCCAUGUCAAAACGACUGGAUGACACUGAACCCUACUUCAUCGGAAUAUUUUGCUUCGAGGCCGGGAUCAAGAUCAUCGCUCAAGGCUUUGCUUUUCAUAAAGACUCCUACCUCCGCAAUGGGUGGAAUGUAAUGGAUUUUGUUGUUGUGUUGACGGGGAUUCUAACCGUGGUGGGGCCAGACUUUGAUUUGCGGACACUCAGGGCAGUAAGAGUCUUGCGGCCACUCAAACUCGUGUCUGGAAUUCCAAGUCUCCAGGUGGUUCUGAAGUCCAUCAUGAAAGCAAUGGUUCCUUUGCUUCAGAUUGGCCUUCUGCUCUUUUUUGCUAUCCUCAUGUUUGCCAUCAUUGGUCUAGACUUCUACAUGGGCAAGUUUCACCGCACCUGCUUCAGAAACGAUACUGGGGAACAGGCAGCUGACUUUCCAUGUGGGACGGAACUUCCAGCCCGGAUGUGUGAAGGCGACACAGUUUGUAGGCUAUACUGGACCGGUCCAAACUUCGGCAUAACAAACUUUGACAACAUCCUGUUUGCUGUGCUCACCGUCUUCCAGUGCAUCACUAUGGAAGGAUGGGUCGACAUCCUUUACAAUGCCAACGAUGCCUCAGGGAACACCUGGAACUGGCUCUACUUCAUCCCACUCAUCAUCAUCGGCUCUUUCUUCAUGCUCAACUUGGUUUUGGGGGUGCUGUCGGGGGAGUUUGCAAAGGAGAGAGAGCGUGUGGAGAAAAGGCAGGAGUUCCUGAAGCUUCGCAGACAACAGCAGAUAGAGAGGGAGCUGACGGGCUACCUGGAGUGGAUCUGCAAGGCAGAGGAAGUAAUACUUGCUGAAGAAGAUAAAAAUGCAGAGGAGAAGGAUGAUGGUGCCUGGUACAAGAGGAAAUGCAACAACCCAGUAUUGAAAAGAGCUAAGAAGAGCAAAAAUGACCUCAUCAGUGCAGAGGAAGGAGAAGACCAUUUCACUGACAUCACAUCAGUCGCUCCCCAGGGCUCUCCGUUCACCCGUACAAGCAAGAGCAGCAAGAACGAAAGCUCAUCAUACCUUCGCAGGAAAGAGAAGAGGUUUCGCUUCUUCAUCCGCCGUAUGGUGAAGGCCCAGAGCUUCUACUGGACUGUUCUGUGUAUAGUGGGACUGAACACACUGUGUGUGGCUAUAGUUCACUAUGACCAGCCCGACUGGCUCACAUAUGCACUGUAUUUGGCGGAGUUUGUAUUCCUUGGUCUGUUUCUAAUAGAGAUGAGUCUGAAGAUGUAUGGCCUUGGGCCCAGGACCUACUUUCACUCCUCAUUUAACUGCUUUGACUUUGGGGUGAUUGUGGGUAGCAUUUUUGAGGUGAUCUGGGCAGCAGUAAAACCAGGAGCCUCUUUUGGCAUUAGUGUGUUGCGAGCACUACGUUUGCUGAGGAUAUUCAAGGUUACCAAGUAUUGGAAUUCAUUACGGAAUCUGGUGGUGUCUCUGCUCAACUCAAUGAAGUCCAUCAUCAGUCUCCUGUUCCUGCUGUUUCUCUUCAUCGUAGUGUUUGCUCUGCUAGGAAUGCAGCUCUUCGGAGGACAGUUUAAUUUUGAAGAUGAGACCCCGACGACCAACUUUGACACAUUCCCAGCUGCUAUCCUGACAGUGUUUCAGAUUCUGACAGGAGAGGACUGGAAUGCUGUGAUGUAUCAUGGAAUUGAAUCCCAGGGAGGAGUGCACCGGGGAAUGUUCUGCUCCGUGUACUUCAUUGUGCUCACAUUAUUUGGAAACUACACUCUCCUUAAUGUCUUUUUGGCCAUCGCUGUUGAUAAUCUUGCCAAUGCACAGGAACUCACCAAGGAUGAGGAGGAGCAGGAGGAGGCCAUCAGUAAGAAAAUGGCUCUCCAGAAAGCCAAGGAGGUAAAGGAGGUCAGCCCCAUAUCGGCCGCUAACAUUUCCAUCACAGCGAAAGAACAGCAGCGCUCUCUAAAAAUGAUGUCCGUGUGGGAGCAGCGCACCACACAGAUUCGGAAGCACAUACGCGCCAGCAGCGAGGCAUUGUACCAAGAAGAGCUCAGCCCCCGGCUGACCACUAACCUUCACCUCCGCCCUGACAUGAAAACCCACCUGGACCGGCCUCUGGUGGUGGAACCUCGUUGUGAUGGUCCCAUCAGUACCCACAGAGGCUGGGACAAACCCCAGGAUUUGCAAGGGGAGGGCGACACACCAGAGGAACGAGUUGCCCCUGUGAUAGAGCCCCCACAGUCACACCCACCACGCAAGCACCACCGUCACAGAGAGCGUCCAUCCAAUGAGACCAGUGAAAAUGGUGACACAGGUCAACACAAAGAAGGCCGGCAUCACGUCCAUCACAGCCGCAGUAAGGAGCAUGAUGGGAGAUGGUGUAAGGAGGGGAAGAGUGACAGGAGCCGGAGCAGAGAGGGGGGCCGCAGACAUCACUACCAGAGCUCAGUGGAUGAGGGAGGUGGGGAGAGAGAACAUCGUCACCAUCAUUCCCACAGGCAUAACAGAGAGGGCAACGGAGUGGUCAGUGCUGGGGGGAAGAACGAACGAAGGGCCAGGCAGAAGGAUGGCUCACAUUCGGAAACAAGGGAGGGAGAGAGGUGCUCCAGGGGCGAAAAUGGAGGUAAUGGAGGGAGAAGACAGCACAGACUACGUACCAGUAAAGCUCAGUCCACUCUUGAAGGAGAGGAGAAACAAGGGAAUGAAGAGAAGGAGGAGGGCAAGUCGCACAGCCACAGACACAUGGACAUGACAGGAGAUUCCCUGGUUGUAAACCCCCAUCAACCUUCAGUUGGAAACCGAUUGUGUCCUGAGAAACCAGAAGACUCAGACAAUAAACAAAAAAUUGGUCAGACUGGAGGAAUGGGCACACACAUACCUGUGACCAUCACAUCUCCCCCUGGAGAAACAACCCUUAUACCCAUGAACAGUAUAGACAGUGAGACGAUGCCCAUGACUGAGAAGAAUCUGGAGGAUCUGAACCAGAGUAGCCAUCGUCCCAUCCUCCCCUUCAGCUCCAUGUUCAUCUUCAGCCCAAACAAUCCGGUGAGGCGUCUGUGCCACUACAUUGUGAGUCUGCGCUACUUUGAGAUGUGUAUCCUGGUGGUGAUUUCCAUGAGCAGUAUAGCCCUGGCUGCGGAGGACCCAGUCCAAGCCAAUGCCCCUCGUAACAAUGUCCUGAAGUAUUUGGACUAUGUCUUCACUGGUGUUUUCACAUUUGAGAUGGUCAUUAAGAUGGUGGAUUUAGGUUUAUUGCUGCAUCCUGGUUCAUACUUCAGAGAUCUGUGGAAUAUUCUGGACUUCAUUGUGGUCAGUGGUGCACUGGGGGCAUUCGCAUUUUCAGGAACCAAGGGCAAAGACAUCAGCACUAUCAAGUCCCUGAGGGUUUUGCGAGUCUUGCGACCACUGAAGACCAUUAAACGUCUACCGAAACUGAAGGCCGUGUUUGACUGUGUGGUGAACUCCCUGAAGAACGUGUUGAAUAUCCUCAUUGUCUACAUCCUGUUCAUGUUCAUCUUUGCCGUCAUUGCUGUGCAGCUCUUCAAGGGCAAGUUUUUCUACUGCACAGACGAGUCCAAAGGUCUGGAGAAAGACUGCAGAGGGCUGUUCUUGGAUUAUGAUAAAGAUGAAGUAGCAGCCCAGCCCAGAGAGUGGAGGAAAUAUGAGUUCCACUACGACAAUGUGCUGUGGGCGUUUCUUACUCUCUUCACUGUUUCUACUGGAGAGGGCUGGCCAACGGUUUUGAAGCACUCUGUAGAUGCCACUUUUGAGGACCUGGGUCCUAGUCCAGGCUACCGCAUGGAGAUGUCCAUCUUCUACGUGGUCUACUUUGUGGUCUUCCCCUUCUUCUUCGUCAACAUUUUUGUGGCCUUGAUAAUUAUCACAUUCCAGGAACAGGGCGAUAAGGCCUUGUCAGAGUGCAGUCUGGAGAAGAAUGAGAGAGCCUGCAUUGACUUUGCUAUCAAUGCCAAACCGUUGACCCGCUAUAUGCCACAGAACCAGCAGUCCUUUCAGUACCGCUUGUGGAAGUUUGUGGUUUCUCCACCGUUUGAGUACUCCAUCAUGAUCAUGAUCGCUCUCAACACUGUGGUGCUCAUGAUGAAGUUCCAUGGGGCUCCUGAAUCUUAUGAAGCAAUGCUCAAGUAUCUCAACAUUGUUUUCACUGCUCUCUUUUUAAUGGAGUGCAUUCUAAAGAUUAUUGCUUUCGGGCCCUUGAAUUACCUGAAAGACGCCUGGAAUGUGUUUGACUUUGUGACUGUGCUGGGCAGCAUCACUGACAUCUUAGUCACUGAGAUUAACGACCGUCUGCUGAACUUGAGUUUCCUGAGGCUCUUCAGAGCAGCCAGACUCGUCAAACUCCUCCGGCAGGGAUACACCAUACGCAUCCUGCUCUGGACAUUCGUCCAAUCGUUUAAGGCAUUGCCUUAUGUUUGCCUUCUAAUUGCCAUGCUGUUUUUCAUCUACGCCAUCAUAGGAAUGCAGGUGUUUGGGAACAUCGAGUUGAGUGAUGAUACCGCCAUCAAUCGUCACAACAACUUUCGCACUUUCCUCCAAGCGCUUAUGCUGUUGUUCAGGAGUGCUACUGGUGAAGCCUGGCAUGAGAUUAUGCUGUCCUGUCUGAGUGAGCGCACAUGUGAUGCGAGCUCAGGCAUUCAAGGAAAGGAGUGCGGGAGUGACUUUGCCUACUUCUACUUUGUCUCCUUCAUUUUCCUCUGUUCUUUCCUGAUGCUGAACCUGUUUGUGGCUGUCAUUAUGGACAACUUUGAAUAUCUGACACGUGACUCCUCCAUCUUGGGCCCUCACCACCUGGACGAGUUUAUCCGAGUGUGGGCAGAGUAUGACCCAGCUGCAUGUGGCCGUAUCAAGUACCUCGAUAUGUAUGAGAUGCUGCUCCACAUGUGCCCACCUUUAGGUUUGGGAAAGAAAUGCCCUCCACGAAUCGCCUACAAGCGGCUGGUGAAAAUGAACAUGCCCAUUGCAGAAGACAACAGUGUGCACUUCACCUCUACACUGAUGGCUCUGAUCCGCACUGCCUUAGAGAUCAAACUGGCAUCAGGCAUGGUGGCCCAACGUCUGUCAGACGCUGAACUGAAGAAGGAGCUUGCUACAGUCUGGCCAAGCCUGUCUCAGAAGACUAUGGACCUGCUGGUCACUCCACACAAACCCAAUGAGCUUACAGUGGGGAAGGUAUAUGCGGCUCUUAUGAUUUUUGAUUAUUACAAGCAAAACAGAGCCAAAAGACUUCAGAUGCAGCAACAGCAGCAAAGAGAACAGGCAGGACCUGGAUCUCAGAAUAAAGUCAGUGCUCUUUUAGAGCCUAUUCUCCCACUAACCCACAUGCAAGAUCAGACCAUGAACAGUGUAGAGUCGGCCUCAGAAUUUCAAGCUCAGACCAGACCCAGCUCCACCAUGCUUAAUAACGGACGCACACAUCUUGAUACCACAAUUAAAGGAUCUUCAACCUGGGCUUCAGAGAAAUCCAAGGAGGUGCAGUGGUCUAAACGGCGGCCAAUGUCAAGAGGUCAAUCAGAGGAUGCUUCAAAUGCAAACACUGCCCAGGAAUCAGUAGAAAUGAGGAAGAUGGAGAAUAGUGCCAACACAGUUACCUCUGGCAGCAUUGAAGGCCAAGGACGUGCAGUAUCCAUGCCAAAACUCAAUGCAGAAAUGCAGAGGAGUCAUUCCCGUCAUUCUCCUGGGACUUUACUGGAACCAAUUCCCGAUUCCCCCAUGAGACGCUCCGCAUCCACUUUUGCACCACAGCGCCCUCAGGAAGUGAAUCUGAAUGACUACACUUUGGUGAAACCUGUUCAAGAACGACAUCACCACCAUCACCAUCACCACCGAUGCCAUCAUCGCAGGGACAGAGACAAGAAACAGAGAUCGCUGGACAGGUCGCCCACAGGCCAACACAAAGCUACAGGCAGAGCCGCUGACCCUGUACAGGAGAGGUCGCAUGACCGAGGUCGUUCCCACGAGAGGAAGCAUCAUUCGUCUUCGGCGGAGAAGCAGCGCUAUUACUCAUGUGAUCGCUACGGCAGUCGAGAAAACUGUCCCAGCAAGUCUGCCAUGGCAAGCUGUGCCACUUCACCUAGCGAGGCCCUGGAGGCCAGUCUCAACAAGCAGGGCAGUGGGUGGGCUAAGGGGAGCCCGGUGUUGUUGACCUCAGGGGCGAGCACUCCAAGCCAUGGGCGCAGACAGCUACCCCAGACCCCCAUUGCUCCUCGUCCCUCUGUGGCCUACAGGACUGCCAACUCCUCCCCUGUGCAGUUUCUGGGCACACAGGCCGGCUUGCUUCCCCCAAGUCCUGGCAGGAUGAGCCGCGGUCUGUCUGAGCACAACGCCCUCUUAAACAGGAGCUACAUCUCCAGCUCGCCGGCCCCUGUCAGUCGCAUUAACUCAGAACCCUUCCUAGGGCCACCGGACCACCCUGCCGGCCCCCAACCCGAAACGUACGCUGUCUUCCAAGAUGAUCCGAGCCCUCAGAUGGUCCAUUCUACCCUGACUGUAGGGAUGCCAAUCGUGGCGAUUCCCCCACCUCCCCAACAACAGUUCCGCAGGGUUCCCAAUGGAUACCACUUUACCACGGGCCCCGGUGCCACCAAAGGACGAGCACGACGGUACUAACCAGAGGCAGAGGUGGACGACUGGUGCUAGCAUGGCUUUAAUUUACACACACAUUCAGAUGAUGUUUUUAUUUUCUAAUCAUGAUGAGUUUUAUCAUCUCUUAUUUUGUGGGCGGUGUUAAAUGCAGUAAUGCAUGUAUUUGUUUUCAAUGUCCAAAGGAUAAAACAUACAUGUACACUUACAAAGCAGCAGAUAUGAUAUGAAAAGGAUCAAAUUCACCCGAUUUAUAUGUAUUUCAGUCAGGCUAAAUGGUUUGGUGGGUGUGGUCUCUUUAAAAACACGAAAGAUUGACAGUUUAUGUGCAAACACACAGGCUUUUAAGGGCAACAGAUGCCACAAAUGUGCUUGUGUAACCUGGGAAAAGACUGACCCACUGCUUCAGAUGUAGACCACAGUGGGCAUCUGGCCAUUUUCCCUCUAAGCCAGCCUCUGAGACGCACCCUAAAUGCAAAUAUUCCCAUGAAAAUGUUAUCUUGGCAUUAUAGAUGUACCUUUUAUGGAAUGAAACUCUACAGAAGCAGCUGGAAAUGCUAGAAACAUUGUCUUAUUUGAAGCAGUGCCCCCUAUCUCCAUCUAAGAGAAUUAAACGUUUUUUCACACUGUUGCGAAAGCAGAUUGUUCACCUUUGACAACCAUAUUGUUCUUUGUUUUAUAUCAAGUUGUAGAUAUUUUAUCUAUUCAUUAUGUGCUUUUUUGUAUUCUAAAGAUGAACGGUUUUACAUAAAUCAUUUACGGCUUCA